AUGGCUUCAUAUCUCCCCACAAGGCUGCUUUGCCAGAUCAACGGGCAGUUUUCCGUCGUCAAUUCCAGGGAUGUGCACAUUGAAAGCUUCGACAUCUUAUCGUAUACCUGGGGUGCACCGGAACCAGAAUGGGAAUGCGACAUAACAGGCGUGGAUUGGGUACUAACGAUAGCGAAAGAUAAAAUGAAAGACAUCAAGAGGCUGAUGAUAAAGGAAAACAUCCAAUACCUAUGGGCAGACUGCGUAUGCAUCAAGCAGACUUCGCCUGCAGACCAAGCUAUCGAGCUGUCCCGGAUGUUUGAGUAUUACAAGAGCGCGGAAAGAUGCCACAUCCUUCUUGAUAUGCCCGUUGUGUGGGAUCCACAGCAGAUUGUGGAUGACCUCAAGUUUCUCGAUCACGUUCGGUCGCAUAUGAAAGGAUCGGCGCUCGCGGCGGGCGCACCGGGUCUCAUGCCGGAUCAGAGAACGCGACUCCAGGAGUGGGCAGAUGCGACCUGGGCGUUUGAAAUACCAAAGAUGACGGUCAGGACAGCUGCAAUCGAUAUGGGUGUGCUAAACUGCUAUGCCACGUGUGUCAACCACGUUCAGUCGCUGUUCCAUAAUCCCUACUUUACACGGGUAUGGACAUUUCAAGAGAUGAUUCUUGGCAAGAAUGUUGUCAUGUGGGCAAUAGAUCGCCAGGAGAUAUCGCGCAUUGGCGAACUCCAUACAUGGAUGAGUCUUGCCAUAGAUUCGCUGGAUUUGGCACUCAAGCUGCAAGAGUGGAUCGAGGAGUCCAGAUGGAUCAACAACGCAACCAUUGAGGCGGUCCUGAGAGUCAUUGAAGAAGAUGCGUGGACGCUGAGUAGUCUCCGUCAGCAAGUCAAAGGCAUUGACAGCGCGAGGACUGAUAUCAUCAAUGGAGGACCAAACUGGUGGCAUGACAAUAAAAAAGGUGUUGCAAAUAUCUUCUCAGCGAUUUCCUUGACCCCGCGAAAUUGCGGAAAAGCGCACGAUAUAUUUCGAGGCCUUCUGGGUAUCUUCAGUGGAUUAUUCACCAGUGAAGAGAUCGAGGCACAGCUUUCGGGAAAAGAUAUGGGGAAGAUGUCAUUUAAUUUCUUCAAGCAACUCUCCAUUAAAACGGAUUGGGCGUGGACCAAACUCGCAAUCAGUAGCCGCGAGCGAGGAGAGUGGGAUUGGAUUCCUGUAGCUGAAAACGACAGCGGCAAUCCGACAACAGAUUGCUUCGCUGGAGUCAUUUGUCUAGGAAGACUAAAAGCCAAGGGCCAGGCAAAAUCUUCUGCAGUAACCGGAGUCAAAGGGAGUCCGAAGAAGUACAUGAAGAUUCGUCUGGUUCCAAACACCGAAACUACGGGUUGCAGCUUCAUAUUCAGAGGCUGUAACUGUGGAAAGAAGUUGAAGAAGGGCUUGUUUUCCAAAGAGCUUAUCGAGACCAACGACCAACCCAGGGAUGUGGUAAAGGACGAGACUGGUAAGAUACUGGUUCAAUGCGCGACCAUACUGGCAAGCAUCAUGGAUCCGAGCAGCGACAUUGUGGAGUACAGACGACGGUUGCUUCAUAAGCUACGGCCGAAUUGGAGGACGACAGAUCCAUGUGCGAAACCCACAUCGUGGGAAGACCGAUGUGUCAGCGGUACCACUUGGGAGAAGCCAUCACCACAAUUUUUUCGAAGCCAUAACAGGUCGGUGAACUACCGCAUGGUCGACGUUACCGGUUUCGAAUCUCGGCUGUGGAAUGAGAAUACAGAGAAGAUAUCCUGUGAAGUGCGGGUGAAUUGCGGUUGUACAAUCACUGCUCCAUUUGCAAUGAUUUUCGAGGCACUUACAGUUAUCGAAGGAAGCUCUUUAGGCGAUACAUGCGCGGAUCGUGAUGACGACGAUCGCAUUACCCUUCAAGAUGGCCGUGGACUGGUGCAGAUUGGUGUCAUAGGGAACACAUUUGAUCUGCUAGGUUUCGGGGGAAGUGUAGAAGCCUACAGGUCGUAUGCAGCCUCUUGUAAGAAUCUGAAGCCUAGCAAGCCCGUGAUUCCAAAGAUACCAUGGCCUAUGGGACGGGCCCUUGUCAGAGAAGAGUUUGCGCAUGGAAUCAUGGCUCAGAUGCGCGAUUACGGGUAUAUUAGGACGGGCGGUUCGGGGAAUUUGCUGAUUAGUCGCGACCACGUCAUGGACCGGUAUAAAAUUAUCGGGGUGUGCAUUGAUGAGUAUAUUGAGAAUGAGAAGGGUAACAAGGGAGUGACGAUUCGAUGA